CUGGCUCCGUACAGGUACAGAGUAUUCAAGCUUAUUUACAGGACCAUGCUGAAACAUAUAUUGCUGGGUUUACUUUUUGUGGCCCUGGUCCAUGGGGUUAUAAGGGUUCCUCUGAAAAGAAAGAAGACUCUCCGUAACAUCCUAAAGGAGAAAGGGCAGCUCUCACAUCUAUGGAAGUCACAGGGUUUGGAUAUGAUUCAAUACACUGAAACAUGUAGCACAUCAGGGGCCCCCAAUGAGCCCCUCCUCAAUUAUAUGGAUGUGCAAUAUUUUGGAGAGAUAUCAAUCGGUACCCCACCUCAAAACUUUACUGUGAUUUUUGACACUGGCUCCUCCAAUUUGUGGGUUCCAUCCAUAUACUGCACUAGUCCAGCCUGUGUCCAGCAUGCCAGAUUCCAGCCAAGCUUGUCAAGUACCUAUGCUGCCAAUGGGUCUCCAUUCUCUAUCCAGUAUGGCACUGGCAGCCUUUCAGGUCUAAUAGGGGUUGACCAGGUUACGGUACAAGGUAUCUCAGUACAGAACCAACAGUUUGGGGAGAGUUCCUCCGAGCCAGGAAGUACAUUUGUGAAUGCAGCUUUUGAUGGAAUCCUGGGUUUAGCAUAUCCUUCAUUGGCUGUGGGGGGCUGUACUCCUGUCUUCGACAACAUGAUGGAUCAGAAUUUAGUGGAAGAGCCCUUGUUUUCAGUCUACAUGAGCAGAGAUCCUAACUCAUCUGAUGGAGGGGAACUGACAUUUGGGGGUAUUGACACAUCUCGCUAUAAUGGACAGCUGAAUUGGGUGCCUGUCACUAACCAGGGCUACUGGCAGAUUCAACUGGACAACAUACAGGUGGACGGUGAGGUGGUAUUCUGCAGUGGAGGGUGUCAGGCUAUUGUUGACACUGGCACCUCCAUGCUUACUGGCCCCUCCUCUGAUAUUGUACAACUUCAGACUGCCCUUGGAUUUACAGCUUCAGACGGAGAGUAUGGAGUGGAUUGCAGCACCUUGAGUGGAAUGCCCAGUAUCACCUUUACUAUUAAUGGAAUUGGGUACACACUGUCACCGGAGCAGUAUACACUACCACAGGGAGAAGGCUUCUGCAGCAGUGGGUUCCAGGGCCUUGAUAUUCAGCCACCAGCUGGGCCCCUGUGGAUUCUGGGCGAUGUUUUCAUUGGUCAAUAUUACUCUGUAUUUGAUCGGGGUAAUAACAGAGUGGGAUUUGCUCCUGUGGUAACAUAUGCUUCACCGACUAAUGGGGUGUGAUUUAAAUAUGAAGGCUUUUUAGUACUUUAUACAAACGACAAAGUAAAAGAAUAAAGUUAAGGUCGUUGGCCCAUUGCCCAGAAAAUAAUCAGGGCAAUGGGGCAGCGGUGCUUAAGGGCCACCUGAAACUGUUUUCCCAAAAGAGGGGUUUCCUGGUUUUCUAGACUCCUUGUUUUUUGUUUUGUUUUUUGAGUUUUUAGUACUUUAUAAAUCUUGACUUGUAAUAAAGAUUUGUUAAAUAAAUGGA